GGAAACGCCUGAGAUAGAAUCAAAGCCAGGUCGCUCCGACGCAACGGUGAGCUUAGUUAGUGUGAAGAGGUUCCGUCAUCGUCAUGGCCCCCAGAAUCCUACUAUGCGGCGACGUUUUAGGCCGCCUGAAUCAGCUUUUCAAGCGCGUCUCAUCGGUGAACAAAUCUGCAGGUCCAUUCGACGCCCUCUUGUGCGUGGGUCAGUUCUUCCCUGACUCACCGGAGCAGCUCGAGGACUUCACGAAAUACAUCGAAGGUGGGUCCCACUUUCCUCUCCCGACCUACUUCGUCGGCGACUACGGCGUCGCCGCCCCCAAACUUCUCCUGCAAGCUUCCAAGGACUCCGCCAACCAAGGCUUCAAGAUGGAUGGCUUCAAGGUUUGCCACAACUUGUACUGGCUGAAAGGCAGUGGCAAAUUCUCCCUCUUCGGGUUAUCCGUGGCCUAUUUAUCUGGUAGGAAGUCUUCCAGUGCUCAACAGUUUGGAACUUACACUGAAGACGAUGUUGAUGCAUUGCGAGCAAUUGCCGAGGAACCUGGAAUUGUUGAUUUGUUCUUGACUAAUGAAUGGCCGAGUGGGGUCACCAAUAGAGCAGCUGAUUCGGACAUUCCUGCCGGACUCUCUGAUGCUGCAGGCGGUGAUUCAACCGUAUCGGAGUUAGUACAAGAGAUCAAACCACGUUAUCACAUUGCAGGCACUAAAGGUAUAUACUAUGCCCGCGAACCAUAUUCCAAUGUUGAUGCUGUGCAUGUCACUCGUUUCAUAGGGCUUGCGUCUGUUGGAAAUAAAGAUAAGCAGAAAUUUAUUCAUGCAAUCUCCCCCACACCUGCAUCCACCAUGUCUUCAACUGAGAUUGCCAUGAAAACCACAAAUACCACCUUAUCACCAUACACAUAUGAGGAGAAAAGAACUUCUCCAAUGGAUUCAACAAAAAGAUCCAGUGAUUCUAUCUCUGAUCCUCAAUAUUGGAGAUAUGAUGUUUCUCAAAAGCGACAAAAACAUGAAGCUGGACACGGUGAUAAAUUGUGUUUCAAAUUUGUUUCUUCUGGUUCUUGUCCACGAGGAGAGAAGUGCAAUUUUCGACAUGAUACAGAUGCAAGGGAGCAGUGUAUGAGAGGUGUUUGUUUUGAUUUUUUGAACAAGGGAAAAUGUGAAAGGGGUCCAGAUUGCAACUUUAAGCACAGCUUGCAGGAUGAGGGUGGUAGGCUUCCUUCUAGGAGGCCUGGAUCUGGCAGGUCAAAGGAAUGUUGGUUUUGCUUGUCAAGCCCAAAUGUGGAGUCACAUUUAAUCAUAAGCAUUGGGGAAAAUUACUACUUGGCACUGGCUAAAGGUCCACUUGUUGAAGACCAUGUACUGAUUAUACCAGUCGAGCAUAUGCCUAGUACCUUAUCCAUGUCUUCUGAAUCUGAAAUAGAGCUCUCUAGGUUUCAGAACAGUCUCAAGAGUUACUGCAAGAGCCAAGAGAAGGAAGUCAUCUUUUUUGAGUGGGUCUCCGUACGUGGCACUCAUGCCAAUCUUCAGGCCAUUCCCAUUCCAUCUUCCAAAGCAAUUAUGGCCGAGAAAAUUUUCAAUUUAGCUGCACAGAAGUUGCGAUUUGAAUUUGUGACUAAGAAAUUUGAUAGCAUUUCUGAUGGAAGGAAGUUUUUGAAGGCGCAAAUUGAUGGGGAUUCAAGCUUGUUCUAUGCUCAAAUCCCAGGAGGCACAAUUCUGCUGCAUCAUGUUGAAGAGAAAGAGAAAUUUCCUGCCCAAUUUGGUCGUGAGGUUCUGGCUGGGUUGCUUAAUAUGGCAGAUAAUGCUGAUUGGAGGAAUCGCAAACAUAGCAAAGAUGAAGAAAUGAAAAUUGUUGAAGUUUUCAAGAGCCGAUUUCAAGAAUAUGAUCCAAACUGUUAGAUUGUUCGUACAGUGAAUUCUUAAUUUACUAGAAAGUCAUCAUGAUUAUGGUGAUUCCUUGUUCAUCUUUCGGUUAUAUGCCCUAAUUGAUUCAGUGCUGAAUGCCAAACUGAAAGAUUUUACAGCCCUGCUGGAUUUCAUUUGGUAACCUUUUUUUGUCAGCAGCUUCUGUGAUGUUACAUGCACCUUAUUUUCAGGCAAAGAAUCACCAAGCCGAGGUUGCCAUUUUAUAACUUAGGCUAUGAGCAUCAGUCAGCAAGCAGCUGUUGCAUUCAAGUUUUGAAACGAUUUUCACCUGCUUUUUGUACGUAAUUAAGAAGAUAUUUGUAUUUGUUUCGAGAGGCAAGGAGGUUGAGGGCGAGAGGAGAUUCGCUUCAACUUCUGCUCGUGAAGCAGUAACCUUUUUUAUUCAAUCUUGAGAUCUUACAAGAUUUGUACUUGCAGUUGCGUUGUGUUAAAAGUUUGUACAAUUUGUGUAUUUUCUCAAAGCUCAGCUUCCACCAUUUUAUGGAAAAUUCAAUUCACUGGGCUUUUCCAUUUUGUUACGAAA